UUUUAUUUUCUUUUCUUAUAAAAUACAGGAAAAAACAACGAAUUGAAUGGGAAUGAACUGCAGAAGAAAUUAAAGUUAUAUGGAAGGAAUGCCUGGAAAUGUUUUCAUAAUCAGUUGCUUGUGGUUUAAAGUUUAGGUCACGUGACUUAGAGUAUGCGUUCUGAUUGGCGCUGGCGCAUAUGCCGCUUAUAUGGAAGUCAUUAGAGGCGUCUGGCAGUCUGGCGUGGUAAGCUUCCUGUUUCUUGUUCUUCGUAGAAAACCACCCACGUUUUCGAUGUUGUUCGUUGUUCUUGUUGAAUGUUGAGUUUAAUUUUAAUACUUUUAAUAAUAGUUGAAUGUGGAUACUAAAAUUAUAGAGAAGACAUUUCAUUAGCGUAGCGUGUGUUCAGUGUUCUCUAUAUUGUGGAUUGUGCAUUCAAUACCCGAUAGUGAAGUGUGUUGAAGUUAUCGAUAAAAAAGUUAGGUUUGGGUAAGCUUUAUUCACGCCUUUCUUUUAAGUGUUUUUAGAAAAUAAUAUGUCAGCAAAAAGCCUGAAGAGUAACAGAACUCUUAGACGAUUUAUUUCUAAAAAGACCCGCGAUGAAGAGAUGUUAAUCAAUUCAGUAAUACUUGAUGACAUUCCACAUUCUGAUGACUGUCCUACUAGUGCACAUUUUUCCGGAAAUGAAUCAACAUCUGAUAGUGAUGGCCCUGUAGAAAUAAUACCGGAAAUAAAACCAUUUACUUUGCCUGCAAAUGGUGUAGGCAAUCCUCUGGACACAAGAGAGACCUAUCCCAUUCCAAGCAAAAUUAUAAGUAAACCAUGCAAGGACAACCAAAAAUUAAGUUGUGAAGAUGCACACCUAGAUUUGAGGAAAUGGGCGGUUGGAAACAAAAUUUCUCAUUUGGCCCUUAAUGAUUUACUCAAAAAUGUAUUGUGUAAAAAUUUCCCUAAUGCAAAAUUUCCCAUGGAUGCCAGAACUUUAUUAAGAACAUCUGAAAAUUUGUUUAUAGAAAAGUGAUCUCAGAACUAUUGUUAUUUUGGUAUUGAGAAGUCCAUAAAUGUUUUAUUUAGAACCUGCAAUAGUAUUAAGAUAACAGAUAGAGAUGUUAUAAACCUUGCUAUUAAUGUUGAUGGCCUACCUUUAAGCAAAAGUACUGAUAGUUGUUUUUGGCCUGUUCUGGGUUGUGUCAAAUCAUUCCAAAAGUUGAAAAAUACUGUUUUUUUAAUUGGUAUAUAUCAUGGUAAAAAUAAACCUGAACAUCCAGACAUUCUUUUAUCUGAUUUUGUACUGGAAUGUCAGAAACUGAAUGGCAAAAUUUUAGUAGGUGAUUUAGUUUUAAAUUUCAACAUCACAAUGGUAAUUUGUGAUAUGCCAGCAAAGGCAUUUUUGUUACAAAUUAAAGGACCAACAGGAUACUUUUCAUGUACAAACUGUUUAGUGGAAGGGGAAAGUGAUAGAAAUGUCUACUUUCUUGAGGUAAAUUGCCAAAAAAGGACUGAUAGAUCUUUUCGACAAAGGUUAAAUGAGGAGCACCACAUUGGGACAUCUUUAAUAGAACAUAUUCCAAAUUUUGAUUUAAUAAACAAUGUCCCUUUGGAUUAUAUGCACUUGGUGUGUUUAGGGAUAGUAAAGAGACUUAUUACCCACAAAAAAUAUGGUUUUAUUUUUGGAAAACCUCCACACAAAAUUCGCGCAUCUGAUGUUUUAAAAAUUAAUCAAAGAUUAAAGAAGAUGUCUCGUUUCAUACCAUUUGAAUUUGCUAGAAAAACACGACCUAUAACGGAGAGUAAAAGAUAUAAAGCCAGCGAAUUAAGAACAUUUUUGCUCUAUACUGGACCAGUUGUCCUGAAAAAUAUUUUGCCAAAAAAUAAGUAUACAAAUUUUUUAGUGCUUUCCAUUGCCAUAUCUAUUUUAGUUAGUGAUUUGGUAUAUGACCAAUCAUGGCUUAACUAUGCAGAAGAUCUUAUUAAUUGUUUUAUUAAUAAAUCUAAGGUUAUAUAUGAUUUUGGAUUUUUUUCUUUAAAUUUUCAUUCAGUUAUCCAUUUAGCAGAUUGCUGUAGAAAGUUUGGUCCACUUGACAAUUUCAGUGCUUUCCCCUUCGAAAAUUAUAUGCAAAAGAUAUUAAAAUAUGUAAGAAAAGCUCAUCAACCUUUAUCACAAGUAAUCCGAAGGCUAUCUGAGGAAAAUAACUUAUUUAGUAGUUUGCCAUCACAUGAUGACACUUCAGCUAGUAGCAAUAUUGUACCAAGUUGUUCUCAAAUGCAUUCAGGAGGUCCUUUAGCAUUGGGUUCUAAAAACCCCCAAUUUAAGAAAGUUAUUUUUAAUAAUUUCACAAUUUCUUGCAAUACUUUUGGCAACAGAUUUGUUAAGCUAUUAGAUAGUAGUAUUUUGGAAGUAAAAAAUAUUUGUUAUAAUAUAAAUAAUGAACUGUGUGUUCUUGGAGUAAAACAUGAGAUAGUAGGAGACUUGUUUGAUAAGCCAUGCAAAUCUUCUUUCUUAGAUAUCCACAUAAUUAAUACAUUGAGGCCAUCUGAGUUGUUAUCUUUUCUAGUUACAGACAUUAUUACAAAAUUUAUAAUUUUACCUCUUAAUGAGAAUGCAGAUAAUUCCUUUGUGAUAUUUCCCAUCAUCCACUGCACCCAGUAAUAAUUUGUACUUUAGUUUUCGAUUAAUCAAGAAAGAAGUUUCCCAAUAAUUGGUAUUACCUAUACUUCAUAUUAUUAUACCUCCUAUUAUAUCAAAUGCUCUAGUAGGUAGGUCUAUAUUUACUUGGUUUCUUCAGCAUGAUUGUAUUAUUUUUAAUUUUCUGUAAAUAAUGUAUAAGUAAGUUGAUAAUGUUGAUAAUUGCUUUUAUUGUGCAUAUUAGGUGCCGUUUGACACACAACAAUUUCAAGGACUGUGGUAGAGUGUACUUGAGUUUCAGUAUCCAUUUGACAAUUAUUAGUGGAAAGAUGCAUCUUUGGGCAGUAAUUGCUUUUGAUGAUGAAAACUCUGUAGCAACCAUACCCAACACAUGGCUUUGGAAAGCAAAUGAUGGCAAAGAUAUGUGUUAUUGGCCUUCAAAAACUAAAAAUGUUACUGGAUAUGUAAAAAGAAGGGAAGAACCAGCUGUUGAUUGGGAACAAUAUGCAGUUACUAUCUUAGGAAAUAAUUAUGAAUUCAAACGACAAGUUUUAACAAAAUUGAAUAUUAUUAUGGCCAAGUUAAAUGGGCAUGAUGAACAAUUAGAAGCCAUGAAUAAUCUUUUGGAAAACUGUAAACCAAAAAAUGGUGAGGAUGAGACACCUGCGACUGGACUGGAGUUGCUUCCAGUCAAUAACGAUGAUAGCUUGGCUGUAUGUGAGCAAUUUUUAAGUGACAAAAUGAAUUUGAGAAAAUUGAUGGUGAAAAAGCACACUGAAGUUACUCCAAAACCAAACAGGUGUUAUAGGGAUCAGGAUGACCCCAUCAAUGACAGCACUCCUCUGCCCACAUGUAGUAAUGCUGAUAAUUUCACAAAAUCCAGAUGUGAUACCCCUGACAGUCCUGAUAUAAUCAUGCUUGAUGGACACAGUACUCCUACAUCCAUGAGGAGUAUAGGUGGAAAUUCUACUCCAAGAUUUGUUACCUCUAAUUUAAACAAAAUUAACUCUGUUGAUGAUAAAGAAUUCAAACGACAAGUUUUAACAAAAUUGAAUAUUAUUAUGGCCAAGUUAAAUGGGCAUGAUGAACAAUUAGAAGCCAUGAAUAAUCUUUUGGAAAACUGUAAACCAAAAAAUGGUGAGGAUGAGACACCUGCGACUGGACUGGAGUUGCUUCCAGUCAAUAACGAUGAUAGCUUGGCUGUAUGUGAGCAAUUUUUAAGUGACGAAAUGAAUUUGAGAAAAUUGGCAAGAGAGCUUAGCAGAAUGGGAGGAACUACAGUGCCUGAAAUAACUAGAAAACUAUUGUAUAAAAUAAUCACCAAUGAGUUUGCUGAAUUAUACAGUUGGGAAGGCGGAAAAGGCAAAAGAAAGUUUAUAAAUGUCACAUUGUCAAGACUUGUUAUAGAUGCUGUUCAAUGUAAUAAAAGAACGCAAAAUGCCUGUGAAGACGAAAUCAUACAGGAAGUAAAGAGAUGGUUAGCUAAAGCUAAAGAACGGGUUAAAAAUGAAUUGAAGAAAACUGAGAGGUUCGCAGAAUGGAAAGCUAUUCUACAACUGGAAAAAAUAGCUUCUUAUAGCUCUCAAUACUGUUAUGACCACUUCAGAAUCUGUAGUUUCCAUUUUGAUGAAAAGAUGUUUGCAAGUAUGCAAAAAAAUCGGCUGAAAAAAAGUGAUAUACCUAUACAACCAGCAGCAGUAGCACCCUCGGUAGCACCUGUGAUACCAGUUGAGUUAUUAGAAGUUACAAAAACAGAUGAAGAAGAGCUUCAUAGUCCUAGUACUUCUAGGAAACCCGAAAUGAGCAUAAGCCAAGAAGACCAUCAAUCCAAAAGUAUGUCUUGA